AUGUCUCCAGUCAAAAGAAAGAGAAAAUCGAGAUCACCUGCGACCCGCUCGUGGCGGCGCCGCGUCGCCGCCAAUGCUCUGAAGCCAUGUCGGGCCAAACUAGGCCACCAGUACCCAGCCUGGGCCCAAAGCCUAGAGCUGUUGAAGAUCGCUGUGCAUGUCACGGUCGCAUUCAUACUUUUCAUGCGUGAGCUCCUGCCGGGAGAGGCAUUCUGCGAUCGAUCGCUGGGCAAAGUGAACGUCGGACAGAUUUACACAUAUGAAGACUUCCUCACUGGAUACCAAGAGACUCCCCUGGAAGGAAGAGCCGCCUCGGCCCAUGCGAAGAAGCUUAAAGCUGCAGCCAAAGCAAAGAAGUCGGAUGGAUUUAAGAACCCCUGGGUGAAGAUGAUCCAGAGAGGCACUGAUGAGGUGGCAAACCAGAUUCGAGAUUGCAUGCAAGAAAUCGGGAACGGACUUGCACGCCGCCGGCUUGACACACUUACACUCUGCGUGAGGGCAGGGUUCGAUGCUCACGAUGGUUCCCUUCCUUUGUUUGAGACUUACGCCAUGAGGUUCGUGUAUGGUGGGAAGCGUGGGUUUGCAGACAAACUUGAUGGCAUCAUUGAUCCCAUUCUCAGACCACGAUCGUUGAAUGAUAUCCGUAAGCACAUUUACAAUGUGUCUCGAAAGCUGACCAUGCUCAAGAAUGCUCCUGCGCCUCUCAGCGGACGACAACUCGGAAUCGUCAUGACUUACAAUAAAGCAAGCGAAAUACGAACUGCCGAGUUCGAGUUCUCCUCGCCCUCCACUAACAGUGACAGAAGUGGAAACCGGGCUUCUGAGCUUGACCAAAACUGGGACGAGCUUACUGAAGUAGGUGGAUUAUUCGACACGGGAUAUCAUGUGUCAGCUCAUCAUCUCUUCUAA